AUGGGUGGUCGGAGGUCGUCUUGUGUAGAGACUCAAAAGGCGGAUAAUCAGAACACUGGCGGUGGUGCGACGCGGUUUGAAGUAGUAACAAAUGCUCAGAUCGAACACGUGACGAUCGAACCUCAGAUCUGGUCGCUGACGAGAGAUGACCAUGGGCAGAGAGGAAGACAAGCGGGCUGGCGGAUUUCGGUCGAGGGCGGCCAAGCCACGUCUGACAACCCGACGCCUGGAUCUGGUGUUGUGACAAAACCGGACAACUCUUCGAUGCCCCACCCUGCAAAAUUCGUGUCCAAGCACGUGACCCUCACGUGGUCUCACAUCCCCAGGCAGUCCUACCCGACGUGGAGUGAUUCGAUUGGUGCACAAUUCGCAACGUGGGUUCGGGGUAUUUGUCUGCGUGGCUGCGUUUCAUUGGAUAGAAGCCCAUGCAGUUGGUCCCACAAAACACUAAAUUAUGGCUAUUUACACGUGGCCGAUGUCCGUAAGACGUGUGGCGGGUGGGACGAGGAAAAUUGA